UGGUUAACACUUGACUGGCUUUAUAUAAUCCUUCCCGGGCCGACCAACUCUUCUGUUCAGCACCGGCCAGCUCCCUCCGCCACCAUGGUGAACUUGGGGCAGAUCCUAUGGGCUUAUCGAAAGUAUCUGAUAUCCAUCCUGUUUCCAGUCGUGCUGCUGCCCCUACCCUUGGUGGUCCCAGGCAAGGAAUCCAAAUGUGCCUACGUUAUCAUCCUCAUGGCACUCUUGUGGUGCAUGGAGGCCCUGCCACUGGCAGUCACUGCCUUUUUCCCCCUCAUUCUUUUCCCCAUGAUGGCCAUCAUGGAUGCAUCAGAGGUUAGCGUGGAGUACUUGAAUGACACCAACAUCCUCUUCAUCGGGGGCCUCCUGAUGGCAAUAGCUGUUGAACACUGGAACCUGCAUAAACGCAUCGCUCUCCGGGUCCUCCUCUUCAUUGGCGUGAAGCCAGCACUCUUGUUCCUGGGCUUCAUGAUCGUCACGGCGUUCCUCUCCAUGUGGAUCAGCAACACGGCCACCACAGCCAUGAUGGUGCCCAUCGCCCAUGCCGUCCUGGAGCAGCUGCACAGAGCCCCAGAGCAGAAGGACAGGGAGGCGGGCAGCGUCAACAUCUCCUUUGAGCUCCAGGAGCCUAAUUACCCUAUUACUGAGAAAGAACCACAGAAGCUGUGUGAGAAGGAUAGCAGCCCCGUCCCACCAUCAGUGCCACUGGAUUACCAUCAGAAGGAGAGAGAGCACCUCAAAAUCUCCCAGGGCAUGAGCCUCGGUGUCUGCUAUGCUGCCAGCAUUGGGGGCAUAGCCACACUGACAGGCACCACCCCCAAUCUCGUGUUACAGGGACAAGUCAACUCGAUCUUCCCAGACAACCCCAGCGUGGUGAACUUUGCUUCCUGGUUCGGUUUUGCCUUUCCCACCAUGAUCAUUCUACUGCUGCUAUCCUGGAUAUGGCUCCAGCUCCUGUUCUUGGGAUUUAACUUCCGGAAGAAUUUCAGCUGCGGAGAUAAGACUCUUGAACAGGAGCGAGCGGCCUACCAAGUCAUCCAGGCGGAACAUAAGAAGCUGGGCCCCAUGAGCUUUGCUGAGAAAGCCGUCACCUUCCUGUUCUUUCUCCUGGUGGUGCUGUGGUUCACCCGAGAGCCGGGCUUCUUCCCUGGUUGGGGCAAUGUGGCCUUUCCUAACCACAAGGGAGAAAGUAUGCUCUCAGACGGCACCGUGGCCUUCUUCCUCAGCAUGAUCUUAUUUAUCAUACCUUCCGAGUUCCCUGGCUUCUCCCAGCAGCAGGGUACCCAGGGGAAGUUGAAGGCCCCAGCCGCCCUCCUCAACUGGAAUACCGUGAAUAAGAAAAUGCCCUGGAAUAUUGUCUUCCUGCUGGGCGGAGGCUUCGCCCUGGCCAGGGGCAGUGAGGUAUCAGGCCUGUCCGAGUGGCUGGGAAACAAGCUGACUCCUCUUCAAAGCAUCCCUUCUCCAGCCAUCGUCUUCAUCCUUUGUCUCCUUGUGGCUGUCUUCACCGAAUGCACCAGCAAUGUGGCCACCACCACCCUCUUUCUGCCCAUCCUGGCUUCCAUGGCCCAGGCCAUCUGCCUCAACCCACUCUAUGUUAUGCUUCCCUGUACCAUGUCAUCCUCUCUGGCCUUCAUGCUUCCUGUGGCCACUCCACCUAAUGCCAUCGUCUUCUCCUUUGGGCAGCUCAAAGUGUGUGACAUGGCCAGAGCAGGAUUCCUUCUCAAUAUCAUUGGCGUGCUGACAAUCACACUGGCCGUCAAUACGUGGGGCUACCCCAUCUUUCAACUGGACCAUUUCCCCGACUGGGCCCAGUCCAACAUCACCACCUCUUGCAACGUCUAUAACCAGUUCAACACAAGCUUCAUCGAUCCUUAGCCUCCCCGGGGAGGGAGUCUGCUCAGAGAGAAGCCAGUGAUGCUCAUUGAACCCACAUUCCCGGGCCUUUCAACCUCAGUGUCUGGGCAGAGCUGGGUAUGGUGAAGAGGUAGUCCCAGCAUUGGUGUGUAUGGGCACGUAUGUUCAUGUUAUAUAACAUGUAUGUAUGUCAGAGGGCACGUGUGCUCACACGACGUGGUGUGGUUGCACGGCACACCUGUAUGUGUGUUUAUGUCUGUCUGUGUGAUAGCUGAAUGAGGGUGUUUGGUGCCAAUGCUUCCUUUGGUUUCUCAAAAGACAUGGCUGCGGCCCCUUUUGAUUAUAUUUAUUGAGACUCUGGGGAGGGUCAGGUUGGAAGUCCCCAGGACCCGAGUGACUCGAGUUUCAGCCCCUCUGCAAAGAGCUUAGCAAUUCCAGCACCUGGCUGCACAGUUCCUCUCUUAAAGAGUCUGGGGGUAGGGUGGGAGAGA